CCAUCUUGUUAUCAUCUUCCCGGUUCAAGGGGUCCAGAACAAUUUGGGCUUGGGUUCUGCCGCGAUGAAUGGUGGCCUCCCUGGCAGCACAGUUAACGGCCUUCCAAAUAACCUUUCCUCCACCUCAGGGACUGUUGUUGCCUCAAAUGGACUCAGUACUCAAACAGUGUAUGGAGUGCAGAAGAACGUCUCACAAACCGUAAACGGCACCAUCAGCACUGGAGUGACCAGCCCCACAGUGGCCCCCAGCAGCCCCCAGAAUGACGACGUCUUCCUGAAGGACUACAAGUUCCUGUUGCUGGAGAAUGGUCCAUCCAAGAAGGAAGCGGAGCUCCUCGUUAUGGGCAAGAAUAGUGGGAAGCAGUUCACUGCCACCACGAAGAGUGCUGGAGGUGGCUCCUACUCAGAUGAUUCACUGAAGAGGGAAAAGAGGAUCGUCUCUUCUGAAGCCGCCACCCUGGGGGCAGACAGUUAUGCUGGAUCUUCAAAGGUUGCCAUGAAACACAAGGCCACAUAUGCAGAGAUCCAAAAGGAAGACAACCAUGGGGUCUGGUGUGGGGGAGGCGCCUGCUGUACUUGGUGGAAGUGGCUGCUAGGAUUGUUGCUUCUCCUCCUGCUGCUCCUGGGCCUCCUCUGUUGGCUUAUUGCCCUGGCUGAAGAAGUGAGAGGUCUGAAGGCUCGAGUGGAUGCCCUGGAAGGGGGCAGCACCUCGUCCCGGACAAGCCGCCUCUCGUCCCCCAUCAACAUCGUCGACCCCUUGGAUUCCUCCUACGUGGGCCAGACCGCGCAGGCCAGGACCGACAAUACCAUCAACCAGGAAUCGGCUGUCAACGUGGAACCCGCAUCUCUACAAAGGACAGUACAACAGCUGCUGAGAGCUGAGCUGCAGUCUGACUCUGUGAGAGCCACAUUUGCUACGAUCAAAGGAGAAAAGGGAGAUCCAGGAUCCAAAGGUGAUCAGGGAUAUCCUGGACUCAAAGGUGACACUGGAUUCCCAGGAACACCAGGUCGGCCUGGUGAGCCUGGCCACGCUGGACAGGAAGGACCCAAGGGACAGAAGGGGAGUCCCGGUCAUCCUGGUGCAGAGGGCCCCACAGGGCCCAGGGGUCGUGAUGGCCCCGUGGGAAUUCGUGGGGAGCCAGGACCCCCAGGAACUGGAGAAAAGGGGGACAAAGGCUUCCCCGGAGAGCCUGGAUUUCCUGGCCCUCCCGGCUUGGUCGGCCCGAUGGGACCUAAAGGGUUUGAUGGUGUUCCUGGUCCUACUGGUUUGCCAGGUACACCUGGCCCAACAGGUUUCAGAGGAGAAGAUGGCCCACCUGGACCAAAAGGGGAGAGAGGAGUUGGUGGACCGGUUGGAGCCAAGGGUGACCAGGGUGAGAAAGGACCCCGCGGAGCUCCAGGUGACCCGGGGCAGCGGGGGGUGCAGGGGCCAGCCGGAGAGAAAGGGCCAAAGGGAUCUGUGGGGCCCUCUGGGGCUGACGGCACCAAAGGGCCCAGAGGUGACCAGGGGUCAAGUGGAUUGCCGGGUAGCAGAGGUCCUCCUGGUCCUCCAGGAGAUGCUGGAAUCCCAGGCACCCCCGGGGUACAAGGACCACCAGGAAUACAAGGAAACCCUGGAUUUCCCGGAGUUAAAGGUGAACCAGGUGAACCUGGAAGAGUCAUUAAUGCAGCCGGCUCCAACCCAGUUGUCAUCCCCGGACCACCAGGAAGCCCAGGCCCCACUGGCCCAGCCGGACCCCCAGGAUUGUCAGGUCCGAUUGGUCCUGCUGGUGCCCCUGGUGACCGGGGUCCUAAAGGAGAUAAAGGUGACCAAGGAGAGCCUGGCAUUACUGUGAAAACUGUGGAAUCAAUCAGCCCUUCCCACACUCUGCUUCCAGGACCACCGGGGCCCCCAGGACCCCCAGGACCAGCUGGACCCCCAGGGGAAGCCAAGCAGGGUCCACCAGGGCCUCCCGGAGAGCCAGGAGUUGGUCAGCCUGGGUUACCGGGUCAGAAGGGUGAACUGGGGAGCUUCAUCCCCAACUCCGGAACCUUUUUUGCUGGGCCGCCUGGUCCACCAGGAACCCCAGGGCCUAAGGGAUCACAAGGCGACCAAGGAGAUAGAGGGUACCAAGGGGAACCAGGACAACCAGGCCUACCAGGGAGUCCUGGAGAGCCCGGAAGAGGAAUCCCAGGAGUGGAUGGAGCUCCGGGACCACAGGGACCACCAGGAUCCCCCGGGCCAGAGGGCCCCCCAGGACCAGAGGGCCCAAGAGGAGAUGCUGGGGUGCCGGGUGCUCCUGGGAUUCCUGGUUCCGCAAGAGGAUCUCCAAGACUCUCCCAAGGAGCUCCUGGCCCUCCCGGUCCUCCUGGACCACCAGGAUCUCCAGGAGAUGGGUCUGCUGUUCCAGAUUUGCGCGAUUACAUCUCAAAUUAUCUUCAAAGUGAUGGCAUCAGGGAGUACAUGAAAGGCCCUCCGGGCCCCCCAGGGCCUCCAGGACCCCCUGGGGAUGGUUUAGAUGGACAGUCUGCAGAUGACUUAGCUUCUCGUGUCAUUGCGUAUGUCCAAAGUGGCGGAGUUGCCAGUGGCCCCCCAGGACCACCAGGGCCCCCUGGUACUGUGUCAAUGGAUGAUGUCCUGUCUCUGCUUCAGAGGGAUGAUGUGAGGCAGUACCUAAUGGGCCCCCCAGGACCACCAGGACCACCAGGCUUUGGCUCUUUUAACCCCCGCGAGGUAGCUGGACGUGUCCUUAACCUCAUGAAUGAAAAUGGAUUAGUUAAUGUACCUGGACCCCCUGGACCCCCGGGACCCCCAGGAUCACCUGGCACAAAUUAUGAUGUCAUUUCCUCUCUGCUUCAAAACUCAGAGUAUCGAGGUAUUUCUGGACCACCUGGACCACCUGGGCCACGAGGCUUUGCAGGCCCACCAGGACCAGCAGGACCUCCGGGACCGGCCUCCUUUUCUGCUUCAGGCUAUAGCCUGGAAGAUAUAAGGGACUAUCUGCAGAGUGCAGGUGUCAGUGGCCCCCCCGGCCCUCCUGGCCCCCCUGGUCCUCAAGGUCCCCCUGGAUUGACAAGAGGUCUGGUAUCAUAUGUGAAGAACACCCUCCAAGAUAAAAUACAAGCAGAACGUCAGGAUUACAUGGCUGACGGUCUGCCCAGAUACACCAUGGGGCCUCCCGGUCCCCCAGGGCCUAGAGGAAUGAAAGGAGCGAAAGGCGAUGCCGUGGACAGGCAUCGUCAUCGAUGGCCUGAAGCAGAGGACUAUGGGAAUGUGGCUUUAAAAGUCGCUGAUUACAUCAAGAAUCAAGGUCUGUUAGGGGAAGUUCAUCACGAUGCUCAAGGAGCAGAAUUCCAGGGGAUCCAAGGACCGCCAGGACCUCCAGGACCUCCAGGACCCCCAGGAUACAGCUCAGUCGUGGGCUCCCAUGGCAACAUGACUGAGCUCAUGGCCUUCAUUAGAACACAUGGUGCCAUCACUGGCCCUCCAGGCCCCCCAGGGCAAAAGGGGGAGAUGGGAUACAUCGGUCCAAAAGGGGACAAAGGUCAAAAGGGACAGCAAGGCAUCAUGGGACUUCCAGGUCAAGAUGGACCCAAAGGAGAGAAAGGAGAAAAAGGAGGACAAAUCAUUACCCGUUUGAAGAAGAGGAGCAUUGGUGUGUAGGUCAGCAUGUGGGAAAGUCGUUUUCUUUUAUUUUUGGAACUAUAUUGAGUGAACUUGAAACUUGUAAUUCUUCAUGCUUGGAAAACCACACAGCAUAUUUGCCACUGAAAGUCAUAUAAAGUUCCUCACUACUGGGAAGCUUGUAUGCAUGGAAGAUUUUGUUUUUAAACAUCUUCAGCUGUAGCUAUGGGUAGAUGUAACAUGGUUUUUUAUGUAGUUUGUUCCUGUAUCAUUUGUGGCAUCCAGGCAUGGGUACAUGUGAUUUUCAUGUUAUUUUCUUAGUAAUUUCUUACAGACUUGAACACAUGUAUAGAAAAAAACAUAAUAUUUCUUUUCAACAUUUAACAAUAUGGCUAAUAACACCUUGGUGAUAUUUGCAUUAAUUGGACAAGCAAAGUGAAUAGUUUUUUGGUAUACUAUAUUUGUCGGUAAUGUUAUAAAGGCGUUCAGUUCUUGUUUACCGCAGAUACAGAUUCCUGUUAUUGCUAUGUUGUGAAACAUUAAGGAACAAGUAAAAAAUGUUUGGUGUAUUUCUGAUGAAUUAUAUUUUUGCUGUUAUUUUUCAUAUGUCGUUUAUGUGUGCAAGGGAAGAUUACUGAAUGAUUGCUUUAUUUUCAGAGGAAAAUUCACUGUAUUGUACGCUUCCAAGAGUUGUUUUUAGUUAGGAACAGGAGUUUAAAUAUCUACUUUAACAUACAACGUUUUAAUUCUUCAGUAAGCACUGCAGGAAACGUAUUGGGAAAUAAGACAAUGAAUGAGAAAAAUGUCCUUUUUGGGAAAAAAGAAUAUCAAACAUUCUAACGUCUUGUUUAGCUUUGGGAGAGUCUUAUCUUAUACGAAGUAUUUUUACCUUUUAAGACUUGCUUUAGUGGGGAUGGUAAUCAGAUCCAUCUGACACAUCUGAAAAUAAAAGGGAAACAGGCAGGGGGAAACAGCCGAGUGCUGGGAGGAUGAUAACAUCAGAGCUGGAACCAAGGUCUGAAUAUCAGGUCCGGCGAGACAGACACUAAAGGUGAAUGGGGCUUGUCAACGGACUCCCCU